AUGCAUCUUGCUCCUUUGGUUCUCUUAGCGUCAACGGUUCUGGCCGCCACGCCUACCGUCUAUUUUAUCCGCCAUGGAGAGAAGCCCGCCGACGACGAUGAGACGGGCUUGAGCGCGGACGGUGAAAAGCGAGCACAAUGUCUUCGAAGCGUAUUUGGCGCUUCUUCUGGUUAUGACAUUGGACACAUCAUGGCGCAGACGCCCAAGAGUGAUGGCUCACGUCAGAGGCCGUAUGACACUGUGCUACCUCUCGCCACAGACUUGGGAUUGAAAGUUGACACCUCUUGCGACCGUGAUGAUGAGGAUUGCGUCGCAGACGUUGUCAAAAGCUACAGCGGCAGCGGCAACAUCUUGAUUUGCUGGGAACAUAAACAGCUCAACAAUCUUGCCGAGGCGCUUGGAGCCAAGGAUGUCGACGGUUACCCCGAUGAUUCCUUUGAUCUGAUUUGGACUGAUCCCUAUGACUGGACCAAGAUCACGGACAUCACAUCGGAGAAUUGCCCAGGACUGGAUGACUAG